AUGCAGGUAACAGGUUACUCAGAGAUCAGUGAAAAAGCUGUUGCUGGGAAACAGGAACAAGUUCCAAACAGUUUAACAGCCGCAGACUUAGCUGCCGGGACUCAGGUCUGAGUGUGACCCACAUCAGACCACUUCACCUGUUGACACCUGUCCGUGUUUGUCCAGGUGAGCGCGGUGUGUCUGCUGCUGCUGAUGACCACGACCCUCCAUUCUGAAGCUGCUCCGACGGUCAACUGUAUGGGCUGUACUCCAGGUAACUGACAGUGCGACCGUUUCACUCGCAUUUGCAACUAAAACUAGAUGUCAACGUUGAAUAAGGGACCGUCUAUAAAUUACCGGUUGAUGUUCUCAGAAAAGGCUGUUUUCCUUCAAUAGAUUCACUGUCAUGUGACCAAAAGACCUCAAAUUGAUUUCUAAUAACAGUACUAAUAAAGGUUGGACAGGAAGUGAUGUCUGUCAGUCUGGGUCUGACUGUGCACGUGUGUGUGUGUGUGUGUGUGUGUGUGUGUGUGUGUGUGUGUGUGUGUGUGUGUGUGUGUGUGUGUGUGUGUGUGUGUGUGUGUGUGCAGGGUACUUCGUAAAGUGGACCUCUACACGCUCUCAGGGGGCAGCAGCUAAAGCUCGAUGUGUUCGUUGCACAGACUGCUCAGGUAAGCACACCUGUUCAUGAUGGUGGAAUCAGAACCUCAUUGGUCCUGAUGUGAAAAGUUCUCAGUGUCUGAUUAUCGACUUCUUUUCCUUUAGCUGCUGGUUUAGAAACUUUGGUCAAAUGUUCGGCAUCUGCCGACUCGGUCUGUGGAAAGAAAAGAGCCGAUGAAGUCCUACCGUCACAGGAACCUACAGAAACUGCAAACGUACCCACCUUCACCUCCACCCUCCCCUCCACCUCCACCUUAGACCCUACUCCUGAGAUGGAACGAAACAGAGCGCUCAUCAUCACUACAGGGUAAGCAGCUGUACUCAUCUUUAGUCUGAUAGAUGGCGCUGUUACUCGAACAAACAACCUUCCUGAUUUAAGUAGAGCCUCCGUUUGCAAAAGUAACAGCGACUCGAUGGUUCCUACAGCCUCUAAUGAGUCUCUGGAUUCUGGAUGAAGGUAUUUUGGACCGUUCCUCUAGAAUACAUCGACAGUUCGGUUAAGUUUGAUGGUUUCCGAACGAGGACAACCCGCUUCAAAUCGUCCCACAGAUUUUCAAUGAUCCCACUGAGCAGUUUUGGGUCUUAAAGACGUCUAAAUGUCGUCUAGACGACUGGUCUAAAAUCAGGCACAGGUCUAAAAAUGAAAAUUAUUUAGACAUCUAGAUCUAGACCAAAUUUAGACUAGCCGGCUCACAGAGGUCUACCUGUAUACUGCUCAAAAUUAUUCUGGUGAAGUACUUGGAGAUCACUUAUGAAACUCAAAUAGUUAUUAAAUAACAGGUUAAAGUGCAACGUCUGAAUUCUGUCCAAAAAUAUACAGAAUCUAGACGUUGAAAUUAGGUCUAAAAAAACUUAGAUGUCUAAUGUCCGUCUAUUGCUCAGUGGAAUAAUCAAGUCUGGGGACUGGGAUGGCCGUUCCAGAACAUUGUACUUGUUCCUCUGUGUCAACUUUGUGACGGAUCCUUGAACAUUAUUCUCAAGAAUUUGCUGAUAUUAAGUGGAAUCUAUGCCACCCUCAACUUAACAAGAUUCCCAGUUCCGGCACUGGUCCCACAGCCCCACAGCAACAGUGGGUAGCAAGUGUUUUUCUAGGAAUGCCGUGUUCUUUCGCCACCAUCCAUAACGCCGCUUGUUCUGCCAAAAUAACUCAAGUUCGGUUUCAUCAGUCCACCACUUUCCCGUACCUCAGGUGACUCUGUUCGUGGCGUUGGCUCAGAAAAGGCGAAGUGCGCUGAAUCGUUGAUCGACGCACAGCGACACCAUCUGCUCCGAGAUGAUCUUGUAGGUCUUUGGAGGUGGUCUGUGGGUUGUUCUUGACCUUUCCCACCAUCCUUUGCCUCUCUGAUAUUUUUCUUGGAAUGCCACUUCUGACCUUAACAAGAUCGGCGCCUGUAGCCUUCCACGUCCUCGCCACGUUCCUCACGGCGGAAACUCUGAGAUACCUUUUUGUAACCUUCUCCGGUAUCGACGAACUCUCUUCCUGUCUUUCAGGGUCAUCUUGGUGUUCGCUGUGCUGCUGUUUGGAUCGGUUCUGACCCUGCUGUCCUGCAGACGGCCCUGUUACAACAAACUCAAAGGUAACAAGACUCUCUCGACACACGCUAAGCCGCUCCUACUUCAUGACAAGCCCCUCCCACACUGUGAUGCACUUGUGUUCCCUACGCAGGUCUCGAUCCACUGUAACUGAAGUGGUUUCUAGUUUGAUCCAGUCUAAGAGACUCUCAGGGUCCAGAUUAAUUAUGCGACCUGACCCAGAUCUCCAGAACCCCGCCGAUUGUGGCUGCAGGACUACGGUCCAGGUGUUCAUCUAGUGUGUCCCUGUUUUGGUCUUCAGGAAACCCAAAAUUAACUCCAACCGUCCUCUUGGUAGAGAACUUUCUAGAACCUGACACAGGUGUGGGACAGGUGUGGUCACGUUGUUGUACAGGGUUAGUGCAGGUUAAUACAGUGGAAGUCCAGGUGUAGAGCAGAUGUAGGUCACACUUAGUCCAUGUCUUUAGGUCUAUCUCUGAUUAUCUCCCUGUCAAUCAUUUGUCCUGAACAGCAGCCCAGUUUAAGUUGUGUAACAGAAUAACAUGCUAUGACAUCACUUCCUGUUAGUUUUACUUCCUCUUCUUGACUGUGGGAUCUCUGAUGUUUUUAAAGACUUUAAGAGGAACUUUAAAGUUCCCUAAGGUCAGGUACCGAGGUACCGCGGCUCCAGCAGAGUCUGACCCGUACCUGGACAGGUGUUGUAGUCCAGUUGACCCUCAGACCUGGUCUGUUCAGACUGAAGGUGACCUGUUGGUGAAGUUUCUCAGCAGUCAGUUUGACGCUGUUUGA